AUGAGGGUCUUCUUAGCGGAGGAUAAUCUUUGUGCUCAAAAUCUAUUAAGAAUAGUAGCUCAUGGCAAUGCUAUUUUGGCAGAGAUAUUAAGACUUAAAGAUCAUAUUCCGAUGAUGUAUAUGUUGGAAACUAAAGAAAUUCAGCAGAGAUAUCAAGAUGUUAUUAUGGAUUUUAGUUAUUUCAAACUAUCUGACACAUUAGAAGUGAAAAUUUCCUCAAAUCUUAAAUUGCAAGAUUUAGAUGAAGACUUAAAAGAACAAUACCUUGAACUUAUUACAAGAUUUUACUUAUUAUUUGAAAACAUUUAUACAUUUAUCAUGGAUUUGAAUACUUUUGUGGAACAGUUACGUGAUAGUGCUUUUAUUCAGCAAUCAAUGGAUACUAUUUUGAGAGAUGUUGAAGGAAAGCAACUACUGUGUGAAUCUUUGUACCUUUAUGGCGCAAUGUUGUUAUUAUGUGAUUUAUACAUUCCUGGUGCUGUGAGAGAGAGAUUAUUAGUAGCAUUUUAUCGUUAUAGUACUAAUCAAUCCCAGUCUAAUGUAGAUGAUGUUUGCAAGCUAUUGAGAGAUACAGGCUAUAAUCAAUUACAUGGGAGGAGGCCCUCUGAUUAUCCUGUGGAGUAUUUCAGUCGAGUACCUGUCCAUCCAGACUUUAUUGAGAAAGUUGUGGGGAAGUUGAGGUCAGAGGAUAUUUAUAACCAGCUUGCAGUUUACACUAUUCCUGAACACCAGGCAUCUGCACUUGCCCCUCAGGCAUCCAUGUUGGUAGUUUGUUUAUUUUUUGCCCCACACUACCUGCAUGCGGAUACAACAAAAAUGAGAGAAAUUGUCGACAAGUUUUUCCCAAGCAAUUGGAUUGUCCCUAUCUAUAUGGGAGUGACAAUAAAUGUUUUUGACUACUGGGAUAAUUUUAAGGCUGCUAAAUCUAGUCUCAGCAAUACUUGCAAUAAUAAAACCAUUAAAGAAUUAUUUUCGAAGAGAGGUAGUUCUGUGCCUUUGCUCAUAACUAAAACUCAACAACUUCUUAAAGAGGGAACAUUAACUGAUGAAUUUGUCCUCGACAACACAAGCAAAAUUUUAAAUGUAAUACUUAAUUCUAAUCAUGUAUUACGUCUCCUCUUAUUACAUACCACAGAUGUUAUAUUUUUUGAUAACAAUAGAAAGAGUAAACAAAUGCGAGAAUUAGUCAUAAAAGAAACAAAUUAUGACCCUUCGCAAUUGUUAGAAUUGCUUAUUAGUACUGCAGAAUUAGAGUUAAAAGUAAGAGAGUUCUUAAAGAAGUUACUCGACACAAGAAAUGAAAGCUGGAACAUAAACAAAAAUAUAGCACUAGAAUCAUUGAAUAACUUAUCAGAACUUUUUACUGGCAACAAAUCAUAUACAAAAGUUGCUGAAAAUGAACAAUUAAAGAUAUGGUUUGAUAAUAUUGCUAAACAACUUUCAUCAAUAAGUGACAACAUAACUCCAAAAUCCAUUAAAAAGGUAACCAAAUUAAUUCAAGCCUUAGAUGAAGUGGAGGAAUUUCAUGGUAUAAAGACUACUGCUACAGUAGUUCAGCUACUAAAUGAAACUAAAGAUGCCCUAAAAAAUAUUCUAAGAAUAGCAGCAUUAAAAGAAGAUUCUUUAGUCACUUUAGAGACAGUAGCAGAUUUUAGCUAUGCUUGGUGUACUAUCGAUCUCUAUACGAAACAUAUGCAAGGUCGUAUUAAAGAAAAUCCAGCAGUAACCAGUCGAUUAAGAGCAUUGUUUUUAAAAUUAGCUAGUGCUAUGGAGAUUCCUCUUCUACGAAUUAACCAAGCAGAGAGUGAAGACUUGGUCUCUGUCUCUCAAUAUUACAGCAAUGAACUGAUCAAAUACAUUCAAAAGGUUUUACAGAUUAUCCCAGAAAUGGUUUUCAGUUUAGUUGAAAAAAUAAUUGAGUUGCAAACAUGGUCAAUUAAGGAAGUGCCCACCAGAAUUGAUAAGGAUAAAUUAAAGGAUUAUGCACAGCUUGAUCAUAGAAUGGAAGUAGCUAGACUGACUCAUUCUGCCUCAACUUUUACUAGUGGUAUUUUGGAUAUGAGAUCAACGUUGGUAGGGGUAAUUCGAGUAGACCCUGCAGAAUUACUAGAAGAUGGUCUACUACGAGAGUUAGACAGGCAUGUUAGAAGCAAGUUUGUUGAAUAUCUCGAACCACAACUUAAAAAACCUAAUAAUUUAGUCUCAAGGCUUCAAAAACUGGCAGAGAGUAUGGAAGGUUACAAAAGGUCUUUGGAAUACAUCCAGGAUUACAUAAAUAUGCAUGGUUUACGGAUAUGGCAAAAACAGGUUUCCACUCUUAUCAAUGAGAAUGUCACAAAAGAGAUAAGUGCUCGAAAGGGGGUGGCACUGUAUGGUCCAUCAGCGGGAUUUAUGGGGAGUCUUGCUAAGCAAAUUGUACAACAAACUGAUGCCAGAUUGUGUACAUAUAUAAAUAUAUGUGCAGCAUGGUUUGAUGUCAAGACUAAUACUGAAGUAAUUAACAAUAAAACAUUUUCGAAACUAAAUGACGCGAUAGGAGUAGUUGGCCUACAUGGUUUGGAUACUUUAUAUGGUUACAUGAUAAAAAAUCAACUUCAACAUAUUCAACAAAUACUCCGAACAAGUCAAGAUAAAAUUAUAAUUAGUGAUAAAAAUAUAGAUCUGAAGGAAAUAGAGCAAACUAUUAUGAAAAAUCAAAAACAUAUACAACAACUAGCUGAUGUAUUACUUGCAGUAGGUGCACUGCAAUUGCUAAGAAAACACAUCGCUUACCAGUUGAAUACAACCUGUAAAUUUGAUUCGGCUCAUUUAGAAGCUUCACUUAGGACAAUGAAUGAAUGCUUGAUACACGAAAUUAAAACGUCUCAAAAUCCUCAAGUGAAUUGUAAUUCACUGAUUCAAGAGUUGGAAGAAUAUUUAGUAAGGUGUGGACUUACAGAUCCUUACGAGAAGGCAUAUUUAAAAAGCCCACCUGAAUUUAACAACAUAGAUUUGGGACAGAUGUUGGCUAUAAUUGUAAUAGCACAACUACCUAGACUCCAUUUAUGUGCUACCACAGGCGAUUUAAUAACUAAAAAACUUGGAGAAAAUAUAGAUGGAUAUCCAUUGGUGAUUGGUACAUACACUCUGCUAAGGCAAUCCAAAUUAGAAAAUGUGGAUGUCUUUGUCAACUUUUUGUGUAAAUAUGCAAAGGUGUUGACCCUCAACAAGAUUAAGUCAGCAGAGUCUACUAGUGAUGGUUUAAUGUUAACAAGACUUUUACAAAUCUUAUGUGAAGCUUUUGGAUAUCCUUAUGCAAAGUUAGAAGACAAUCUGCCCCUAGGUUUCAUGAAUUAUUCAGGGCAUAAAUAA